AGUCAUUAAUAGAAAAAUUAAAUAUGAUUAAAUAUGAAUUACAAAUUUACUGACGUUCAAAAUUGAGACAUUUUAUUUAUGCGUGUAUUAAACAGUCAAUUGAACUAAAUUCAUGAUAUCGCGCAGUUUUCAAACUUCCUUUAGGAUUGUGCCGCGUUUUCUGUGCACAAAAAUAAUCAGCAUGCCGCCAAAACGAAAUCGAGCUUCAAAGGAAGAUUCUGUAAGAGUUAAAAAUGACACAAACACUAAAAUAAAAUCAAAAGCUGUAUCAAAUAAAAGAAAAUCUAAUACGGAUGAUCAUGAAGAACCUACUGCAAAACGUGUUAAAAAAGUAGCAAAACCAGUUUUGAAUAAAAUAGAUACAGAUUUAAAUGAAAUCAAUUUUGAUUGUUCAAAGUUAAAUGCAAUAGGAAACAAGUAUAAUUUAAAAAUUUCUAGUUGGAAUGUUUCCGGCAUAAGGGCAGUCAUUAAAAAAAAUGGAAUGGACUAUAUCUUGAAAGAAGAUGCAGACAUAGUUGCAUUGCAAGAGACUAAAUGCGAUAAAAAUAAGUUACCUGAAGAAGUUAAAUUAAAAGGAUAUCAUUAUUAUUUUUUUGAGAGUAAAAAACCUGGAUAUAGUGGUGUUGCAUUAUACACAAAAGAGAAACCAGUUAAUAUAAAAUAUGGUUUAGAUAAUGCUGAAUUUGAUAAUGAAGGAAGAUUGAUUACUGCAGAAUAUCCAAAUUUCUAUUUACUUAAUGCUUAUGUGCCUAAUGCUGGUCAGAAAUUAGUGACAUUGCCUAAAAGAUUAAAGUGGAAUGAGGUCUUUAAAGAUUAUGUAAAAGAUUUAGAUAAAAAGAAACCUGUCAUUAUUUGUGGUGAUUUGAAUGUCGCUCAUCAAGAAAUAGAUCUCAAAAAUCCAAAAACAAAUACAAAAAAUGCUGGAUUUACAAAAGAAGAACGAGAAGGUAUGACAGAUUUCUUAGAUGCAGGAUUUGUGGAUACAUUUAGAGCUUUGUAUCCUGAUAAGGCAGAUGCAUAUACAUUUUGGUCAUAUUUUGCUAAUGCACGUAGUAAAAAUAUAGGAUGGAGAUUAGACUAUUUUUUGGUAUCAAAACAAAUUAAGGAUAACGUCUGUGACAAUGUUAUAAGGGAUGAAGUGUAUGGCAGUGAUCAUUGCCCUAUUGUACUUUAUAUUAAUUUAUAAUUAAAUAAGUGAUAUACAUUUUUAUACUUAAAUUGUGUGUAACUGUGUUCAAAUAAUUUACUAAGUUUGCUGUAAUCUAUUUAUUUUGUCUUUUAAGAAUAAAAUUUAUU